AUGCGAAGCUUCAGCGUGGCAUCCGCGGCAGCGGGUCUGAUCGCGACGGCGAGUUUGUUCGUCAGUACGGUCGUGGCAGACGUUGAUCCCAUCGUCAUCAAGGGCUCCAAGUUCUUCUACAAGACAAACGGCACGCAAUUCUACAUCAAGGGCGUCGCCUACCAGCAGAGCUACACCGGCGCAACCGCAGUGAAGGGCAACUCGGGCGACGAUGCCGACUACAACGACCCGCUCGCGAACCCAUCUGGGUGCAGCCGAGACAUCCCUUACCUGAAACAGUUGGACACGAACACAAUCCGAGUAUAUGCGGUCAACCCAAACUCCAACCACGAUGAGUGCAUGAGGAUGAUGGCCGACGCUGGCAUCUACGUUGUUGCCGAUCUCUCAGCGCCCAGCGACUCGAUCGAUUCGAACGACCCACACUGGGACGACAACCUCUACGCCCGCUAUGCCAGCGUUAUUGACGCUCUCCAAGGCUACAACAAUGUCCUGGGCUUCUUCGCUGGUAAUGAAGUUGCGACGCAACCAAACAACACAGCCUCAGCUGCUUUCGUGAAGGCCGCAGCACGCGACAUGAAGUCCUACAUCUCGCAGAAGGGCUACCGGACUAUUGGCGUAGGAUAUGCGGCGAACGACAACCAAUACAUCCGCGAGAGCCUGGCCAACUACUUCAACUGCGGUGACCAAGCCGAUUCCAUUGACUUUUACGGCUACAACGUAUACUCGUGGUGUGGUCAGUCCACGUACCAGGAGUCUGGAUAUGAUGUGCGCACCGACCAGUUCGAGAGCUACUCCGUGCCCGCCUUCUUCGCCGAAUACGGCUGCAAUACCGAAGGCACGCGACCUUUCACCGAGGUGCAGGCAUUGUACGGCCCUCAGAUGUCCGACGUCUGGUCCGGUGGCAUUGUCUACAUGUACUUCCAAGAAGAGAACGAUUACGGUCUUGUCUCUGUUGAUGGCAACUCGGUCUCUACUUUGGCAGACUUCAGCAACUACAAGACUCAGAUUGCAAAGGUCUCGCCUACCGGCGUCCAGAUGGGCUCCUACAACCCGACCAACUCGCCCGCCUCCUGCCCUUCUGUCGGUGGCCAGUGGAAAGCGGAAUCAACUCCCCUUCCGCCAACUCCGAACCAGCAGCUCUGCUCUUGCAUGACCAAAUCGCUGAGCUGUGUCGUCAGCCCAAGCACGGAUGAGGACGACUACGGCCAGCUCUUCGGCUACGUCUGUGGCAAGAACCCCAAGGCAUGUGCCGGAAUCUCCGCCAACGGUCAGAAGGGUUCGUACGGAGCCUACAGCAUGUGCGAAUCUUCCGAGCAACUCAGCUGGGUCUUCGACCAGUACUACAAGAGCCAGGGCCGUAGCCAGGACGCCUGCGACUUCAAGGGCAUGGCUAAGCUGCAGUCGUCUUCAAGCGGUGGCAGCAACUGCAAGGCUCUGAUGUCCGAGGCAGGAAAUGGUGGGACUGGCACCGUGACUGCUGAGCCAUCUGGGACCGGCUCCAGCGGUGGCAGUGGAUCUGGAUCUGGAUCUGGCUCUGGCUCCGGAUCUUCCAGCUCGGGGGCAGGUGUGCCAUUGUCAGUCCCGGCCGUUCAGAGCGGUCUGCUGCCGGUGGCCUUCAUCGUGGUGGUUGGCCUGAUUUCUGGUCCGAUGAUGCUGCUUCUGUGA